CAUGGGUAGCACUGCCAGAGAGAGAGAGGCAGAUAAAAAAGUGACGUUAACACAGAGCUGAAACCCUGAAAGAUACAGAUCACGGCACAAAGUACAACGUUUGCACUUUUAGUACCCGCGUAAUCCUAGAUUUUGGGCUCGGGUAUCUUUUUUUGUGUUAAUUUCCGACGAUAUUUUUUAUAUGAAACCUUAGUCCCCUGCUUGCUUCUUAGAGAGCGACAGAGUGUGGUAGGGAGAGAGAGAGAGAGAGAGCGAGCGAGAGAGAGAGAGAGAGAAAACGAGAGAGCUUGAGCUAGCCAGAGUUAGCCAGUCACUGCAAUGGCCUCCGAUACUAGCGGUAGCAACAUGGACAGAGAAAUGAUUCUGGCUGACUUUCAGGCAUGCACUGGGAUUGACAACAUUGCUGAAGCAAUAGCUCUUCUUGAACUGAACAACUGGGAUUUAGUGGCGGCAAUCAAUGGUGUAAUUCCACAAGAAAAUGGCAUCUUGCAAAGUAGCUUUCCCAGCGAGGCGUCCCAGGCCAGUCUGUUCGGCCCACACAGCCCCCCGGCGGCGUCCGCGUCGGCAUCAGCAACGACAGCGGCCGCAGCGACAGCAGCGGCAGCACCGGCAGCACCUCCCUCCUCCUCCUCCUCCUCCUCCCCACCGCCCUCGUCAUCUUCCUCCUCGUCCUCGGCGUUCUGCCCCGUCCUGCCCUCCCGACACAUCAUCGAGCGCCAGCCGCGCAUGCUCAACUUCCGCGUGGAGUACCGGCAGCGGUCCGUGGAGGUGGUGCUGGAGGAGGCCAGCACUGUGGCGGAAAUGAAGCAGAUUCUGGAGACAGAGUUACAGGUCCCCGUGUCUAAGAUGCAGCUCAAAGGCUGGAAGAGCGGAGAUGUGUCUGACAGUACUGUUCUGCGAAGUUUACACUUGCCCAAGAACAACAGCCUGUACGUCCUCACUCCAGACAUCGCCCCCGCCGCCAGCACCAGUCAGAACAGCGCUCUGCAGGAGUCCUUAAAUCAGAACUACCUGCUCGUCAUCAGCCACAGAGAGGCUCAGCGGGACUACAGCCUCAACUUCCCGGGAAGCAGAACCAUCCAGGAGGUGAAACGGAACAUAUCGGACCUGACAAAUAUUCCCGUGCGGCACCAGCAGUGGGAGGGCUGGCCUGCUUCUGCCAGCGACGAUUCGGUCACACUGGCUGCUUCAGGGAUCAGCUACCCCUGCCAUCACCUCAGUGUGUGCCGGAGGUUCUCCCCAGCCAACACCCGGGAGCAGUUUGAGGAGUGCACAGAUGUUCACAUGGUAAGCGACAGUGAGGGGGACGAUUUUGAAGAUGCUUCAGAAUUUGGGGUGGACGAGGCGGAAAUGUAUGGCAUGGGGACAUCGGGGUGUCGAAAGUCUCCCAUGAUGCCUGAAAACACAGAGAACGAAGGAGAUGCCUUACUGCACUUUACUGCUGAAUUUUCAACAAGAUAUGGAGACUGCCAUCCGGUCUUCUUCAUCGGCUCUCUGGAGGCGGCAUCUCAAGAGGCCUUCUUCGGCAAAGCCAGAGAUAGAAAGCUGCUGGCCAUCUACCUCCACAAUGACGAGAGCGUGCUCACCAACGUCUUCUGUUCCCAAAUGAUGUGCGCAGAAUCCAUAGUUUCCUAUCUCAGCCAGAACUUCAUCACUUGGGCCUGGGACGUCUCUAAAGAAGCUAACAAAGCCAGAUUACUCACCAUGUGCACAAGGCAUUUUGGCAGCGUGGUGGCGCAGACCAUCCGGACGUACAAGACCGAUCAGUUCCCCCUCCUCCUCAUCGUCAUGGGCAAGAGGGCGUCCAACGAAGUUUUAAAUGUCAUCCAAGGAAACACGACAGUGGAUGAGCUGAUGAUGAGGCUUAUGGGUGCAAUGGAGAUAUUCACAGCCCAGCAGCAAGAAGACAUCAAGGAUGAGGACGAACGUGAAGCCAGAGAAAUGGUGAAGAGGGAGCAAGACGAGGCCUACCGCUUGUCUUUAGAAGCCGACCGCAAAAAGAGAGAAGUGCAGGAGAGAGAGGAGGCCGAGCAGGUUCGUCUGGAGCAGAUCCGGAAGGAGCAGGAGGAGGAGCGGGAGGCCAUCCGUCUCUCCCUGGAGCAGGCCUUGCCCCCGGAGCCGGAGGAGGAGGGCGCCGAGGCGGUCAGUAAGCUGAGGAUCCGGACGCCCAGCGGGGAGUUCUUGGAGAGGCGCUUCCUGGGAACCUGCAAGCUGCAGGUCCUCUUCGACUUCGUGGCCUCCAAAGGCUACCCGUGGGACGAGUUUAAGCUGCUCACCACCUUCCCCCGCAGAAAUAUCACCCAGAUGGACCCGGCGUGGACUUUACUGGAGGCCAAGCUGUUUCCUCAGGAGACCCUCUUCCUGGAGGCCAAGGAGUAGGACUGAGGAGCCGCCGAUGGACAGGCUGAAGGAGCACUGGAGAGCUGCAGCAUCAGCCCUGUCUGCCCAGAGACACACACACACACACACACACGCGCACACACACAGACACACACACACACACACACACAUCCACGCGCCAUGCACAGCUCACCUGUGCUCCAUACAGAACAUCACAUAUGCCUACAUGCAUGCACACAGUCUCUCACGUGUACUCGGUCAGAAACACUCGCCUCACAUAAUCGCAGUGUCACGAUCUUCUCUGUCCACAAGCUAAAAAAAGGAAAAAAGAAAAAGUAAAUAAAUAAAAUUUAAAAAAAGCAGAGAAGUAGAACACCGUCAUGAAUAAGGACUUUUGACAAAAGCUUCAUUUUAGACAUGUUUUGUGUGUAAAGAUGAGGAAAAAGACUUUUCCUGGAGAACGCUGGACUCUCUCCGUUCACCCUCGAUUCUGAACCCGAUCCCCCGCCCCUCUCCCCAACACCCAUCAUGUGACGGAACACCUCCAUCACACCGGGCCAUUACGGCCCCACACCCUCCCCCCUCCAAAAAAAAAAAAAAACAUCCAAAACUGAUUAUUCUGGUUUUAAUUUUCACCCCUCCACCACCACCCAUACCCUCGGUUUAUUUUUUUCUUGAUCCUUUUUGAGUUAAUGCUGUAUUAGUUUUAGUUUGAUAUACAGUAUAUAAAAUAUAUAUAAAAUGUAUUUGCCUGAGCCAGAACUCUCUUCAAACACACAUGCAUGCAAACAGGUUACUUGUUUUAAGCUUUUUAACAUCAUGAACAGUUUUUCUAAUUUAUGUGUCAAUAGAGACUCGACAGAACUGUCUGAGUUCUACCCUGAGGAAUUCUGUUUUUUUUUUUUUUUUUGUGGUAGAGCUGGGUUCCGUAUUCAAACCAGAGGAUUUAUUUCUGCCUUUCAGAUUAUGUUCAUAUUUUUCACAGAAUAGAGUGACCUUUGUUAUUGAAUAUUUAUUUUUGAAUCUUCCUGCCCCCUUUGCCCCCUGAAAAAUGGGUAUACUAAUUCUCAUAAUUUAAAGGGAAAAAAAAAAAUCCCUUUUAUGAUGUGUGCAUUAGCUAUUUUUAUUUAUAAUUUUCUUUCACCAAUGCUGUGAUUGUUUAUUUAAUCGAUUACCUGGAGUGAGAUAUUGCAGACUCUCCGAGUGCAAACAUUAAACUGCUCAGGAUUC